AUUGACCUCCAAACAGAGUGGUGCUGGCGCUUCCAGUAGCUUGACCCAAUCCAACCAAAUCGACCGUGCGCAACCCGACCCGUCGCGUUCGAGGAAUCAUCGUGCAGUAUGAAAGGAUACGUUGGAUUACUCCUCGCCGUUACGGUAUGCUGCGUGUCAGCACAGGAAAUACACUCGAAUCGCAACCCACGUAUCGUUAACGGGCUGAAUGCGGCCAACACGCCCUACAACGCCUACGUGCUAUAUCUCAACUCGGGCAACUCGGGCUUCUUUGGUGGAGGAUCACUGAUCUCCGAUCGGCAUGUACUGACGGCGGCCCAAAACAUUGCCGGCUUCGUGCGCUGGGAAGUUGGGCUCGGCAGCACCGUGUACGGACAGCUAAACAUGCAAGUGUCCACACAAGCCAUCGCGCAUCCAAGCUUCAACAUGGCAAACCGGGCGAACGAUAUCGGAUUCAUCAUUCUGCCCCAGCCCGUCGUCUUUACCGCACUGAUCAGCCCUAUCCAGCUGCCAAUCCAAGGACGCACUCUGCCGUACGAAAACGAGGAAGGCAUGGUGGUCGGCUUCGGGUUCAACUCGAUCGGAGGACAAACCCGCUCCGACUUCCUGAAGGUGGGCUACCAGCGGGUGAUCAGUGAUUCGCGUUGCGUUGGAAUUUACCAAAUUACGAUCCCGAACCACUUUUGCGCUGAAGAUGUCGUCCAGCGGUCGAACGUGUGCAAUGGCGAUCUUGGUGCUGGUUUCGUCGUCUCGGAACGACGCAUCGACACACUGGUCGGUGUUGCCUCGCUUAUCACUGCGUCGUGUGACUCUACCAACCCAACCGGUUACGCGCGCGUCUCCCAAUACCGCCAAUGGAUCCGUGACAAUACUGGAGUAUAAGGCGGACCUUUCAGAACCCUCCCGCCUGCACUCUGUUUUUGUCCCAUUAUGUGGCCACUGUACUGAAUAAAGCUACCUUUUUUUCUUCAUCUGAGAUUUUCCUACAA